AUGAGCUGGACUCCCAUUGUCUUGGAAGAAACCCGAGAUCGAGACCCCGAGGGCCUCGAGUCAGAGCUCCUGUCAAGUGGCGCUUCAGACGCGAGUGACUUUGCAGCAAAGAGCGUGCAGUCCGUCAAGUGCAGCAGCAUCACGACGUCUCCCCGGUCUCCGGCGCUUGACGACGAGCAGCGCCGGUCUCGACACAAUGCCAAUGAACGCCGACGGACGAAAGCACUAAAGAUGCGGCUUUUGCACAUGCGAGAAGAGAUGGAGGACCUGGAGAGACAGCGAUCGAGGCUAAAGAAGAAGGACCCGGUACGGCAAAACUCGGUGCUGAUCAACACGAUGACGCUGAUCGACGAGCUUCGAGAGGAGCAGCAGGAGCUCUACAAGAAGCUUCGUGUGUGGGACCUUCAGAACAGUACGUACCAGACGAUCGUGGCUGAGUGCGGGGCCAAUUCGUCGGCUUUUGGGGUCGUAGACGUUCAGGAUGAGGUCUCGGAGCACCUCGAGCUGAACAACGACCGACUUGUGCAAGCGCCCAUCUUCCAGCGCGUGCUCUUCCGUCACCCCUUACCACUGGAUGUGGUCAUGGCGUGUGUCAAAGAGAGCUACGAGUCCAUCAUGGCGUUCCGUGCUGAGCGGGACUUUGAGUCCCUCGACGCGGAGGUCCUGGGCUGGCAGGAUAAGCGUCUUCUGAACGCCAAGUCGCUGCGGUUUAUGCUGUCGCAGCAGUUUGAGUGUGUGCCACCAUCGGAGCUCGUCUACAAGACGUGGAAUAUGCUCACGGAUGUUGACCUGUAUCGGUACAUGCAGCCACGCACGGUGGCCCUGGAGCUACUGCAGCGGGUGACUCAAGACUGCGUCGUCGUGCGGCUAAGUGUAAGCAAUGGCGACACGGUGCACCACUCGAUUCUGCUCAUUGCACGCGGACGGAUUGAUGGUGGGUAUCUCAUUACGUACCGCUCGAUUCCGCUCUCCGUGGGUCAGCAGCAGUUUGCCGCAAUGGAGAGUACGUACGUCCACCUCUCGAACUGGUACAUGUUUCUGGAAAAGGUGACACCGACGGGCGUCUCAGCGUGUGAAGUGACUUUUGGGGGAACUGUUGUGAACCAGUCGAUCGAGUACUUGAGGUACCUCAUGAUGGAAGUUGUAGCGGGUGUUGUCCGUUGGCAGACGGCAGUGGGUCAUAACAAGUUUCGGCUAGAGCAUAGUUGA